GGGAUGGAGUAGGGGUAGGGGUAGGGGUAAUGGAUAGAGAGUGGAGGUAAUACCCCGUCCCCGACCCCUCCCCAUUGCCAUCCUUACACAGAUGUAUUUGUGGCUAGCAGGGUUGUUACCAAAAUGAAAACAACAGACGCUGCUGCUUCUUUCUUUUUAACCUUCAAAGCAGACACAACACAGCGCACUGCCGCCGCCGCCCACAACCCAACACCAGCGCCUCCCCACCUCCGGCGACCGCCACCACCGUCGGGAUGGCUUCAAAAGUGGCGCGUCACCUCUCUCUCCUCUCUUUUCGUCGAUCCCUCUCUCCUCUCUCUCCAUCGACCCCUCUCUCCUCUCUCUUCGUUGAUCCCUCUCUGUGUCGACCCCUCUCUUCCUUGACCACUCCCUCCGUCGACCCCUUUCUCCGUCGACCCCUCUUUUCGUCGUUCCCUCUCUUCACCCCCGCUCGCUCUUUCUCCUCGGCUCUUAACAGCCCUCCCAAUAAACCCCAUGAAAAUCGAAUUCAUUACAGUCCUGGUUGUGAUUACGAACACUGGCUCGUUGUCAUGGAGGAUCCCGAGGUUGAGCCGAGCAGCAGUGAUGAGAUGAUAGACAUGUUCAUCAAAACCCUAGCUAGGGUUAUUGGAAGUGAGGAAGAAGCAAGGAUGAAUAUCUACUCAAUCUCGAAAAGCCCUCAUUAUGCAUUUGGAGCAUUGGUGUCUGAAGAUAUUUCAAUCAGUCUUAGAGCAUUGCCAACAGUGCGUUGGGUGAUCCCAGAUGCGUACGUUGACGUGGAAAACGAAAAGUAUGGAGGGGAGCCUUUUAUGCCCCAUGUAAGGAGGGAGAAGGUACAUAAUCAAUAUGUCAAGAAUGUGCAGAAUCUUGGACCGAAGAUCACUUCUUACCCACUCUCAAAAAAUCCUGGACCCAACACAAGAUGAGGUGUCCCAGCCAACAACAUGGCAGGACCGUCACCCGGUAGUAAUAUGUGAGAUGCACAGAAGAGAUAUGCUAAACUCUUAGUAGGCAGGCUGUAGAUACAAUGAUGAAAGUUUUAUGCAAUAGGGUCUAUCUUACAAACAUUUUAAUUGUUUUCAAGUUGCAGGUACACUUAUGAAUGUUGUUUUGGUUUACUGUUGACCUUUAAGAGCGUUUUGGAAUAUUGUUCAGUGUUUGUCUGCAAGCUUCUAGCUUUAUUUGAGGCUUCCGUACUUUUGGUUGUUUGUUAAGUCAGAUGAUUAAUUGUGGAUUUCUGUUGCCAAA